AUGGAUAAUAAUCUUGAUGAAAAAAUUUUCAUAUCAGUUAUUUAUCGUGCAUUUUACAAAAAUUACUAUCUUGUCAUUCCUUAUAAUGAAAAAACUAAAGAAGUAAAAAUUAAAAAAGAUUUAACUGAAGAAAUAAUUAUUACUGAUGAAGAAAAAAGAUCAUUUAAGUUAUUAUUAAAAACAAUAAUUAAAAAGUAUAAACAAGAAG